AUGCCGAAGAACCUCGCCAGAUCAGCUACCGCCGCCGCCGCCGCCGCUGCCGUCUUCGACUCCAUCGCCGUCUUCGACUCCAUCGCCGUCUGUCGACAACGCCCCGAGCGGACCAUCAAGGUACUGGUCGGCCCGUACGACGAGCCGCCGUUCAGCGCCAGGACGCAGGAGCGGUACAAAGUCAAAGCCAAGACAGCCAAGGUCGGUGAUGUCGUCGAGAUUGUGGUCGAGAGCCCGCCGUUCUCGCGUGAUCCGAACGAGGCCAUGAACGCCGACAACAAAAAGUACACCUCUGGCGACUGCUACUGGAUGGACGGCCGCAUCCACGGCCUCAAUCUCGAGCCGCUCUGCACCCAGGCGCCGCGGCCUCUGGUCGUGCCCAAGGUCGAGGCAUGGAGCAAAGACCACGCUCCGAGGUGGUUUCCCAGCGACGACGUCUUUGCCACGGGUGGCGGCGUCAAUGCAAAGUCCAUCGACGCCGACGACUAUGCCGAGUCGAUGCGGAUCAUGCGCAAGCUACGCGACGCCGGGCCGGCCGAGGCGCUGGCGCUGUUUGAGCGCGCCUCGAUCCGCGAUCUCGGCCGCGCGCUCGGCCGCCGCGCCAUGGUCCGGCACGGCGACUCGAUUGCCUCGUUCCUCUCAUCGUUUAUGACGUGCCAGGGCGCCACCAGCGGCGACUUGUUGCCGUUCAACGCCAAGCUGCCACCGCGGCUGCAGUCCGACGACCCGGACGUCACCAACUUUGGUUACUUCCUGGUCUUUCCCGAGUUUGGCGGAUUCAGCUUGCACCGCUCGUUCAACAAGGUCAACAUGCGCGAUCUGCGCGACACCAUGGCUCGUGCCCACGUCAUCGACUUUAACUUUGGCCUCCACUACCACGACAUGGACGAGUAUCGCCGCGACAUGCGCGAGCUCCUCACCGAGAUGCUGCCUUGGGCGCGCCAACAAGGCCACGUUGCCAUCUUCCGCGAGACUUCGGCCCAGCACUUUUUCACCGCCUCGGGCAUCGGUGAGUUUGAGGCCCAGGGCCACGACAAGUCGACCUCGUGCUUCCCGCUGGAUCCUGCCGUAGUCAACGGCAGGCGCAACGCGGUCGUCCACGAGCUGCUCGACGAGCUCGAUCCGGACCGCUCGGCCAUCUUUCACAUCGGCAUGAAGGAUGGCACACCGGGGCCUGACUGCACCCACAUGUGCUACUCGUCUCUCCACGUCGACCAAUACGUCGCCGCCCUCACUUCCAUCAUCUCGCGCAAGAACGCCAUCGACGCCGCUGCCGACCCCUCCUUUGAUCCCUCUGACAUCGAUCCUCUGGCAUAG